AUGCUUACAUUGUUGAUUCCUGGUCCACAUCAGCCUGGAAAUAGCAUUGACGUCUACUUGGAGCCGCUCAUAGAGGAUCUAAACCACUUGUGGAAUAACGGGGAGGUCACAUAUGACGCCUUUAGUAAGUCUACUUUCACUCUUAAGGCGAUGCUACUUUGGACAAUAAGUGAUUUCCCGGCUUAUGGAAAUCUUGCAGGCUGCAAAGUGAAAGGUAAAAUGGGAUGUCCUUUGUGUGGGAAAAAUACUGAUUGUAUGUGGUUGAAGUUCAGCAGGAAGCAUGUGGACAUGUGUCAAAGAAAGCGGCUGCCACCUACACAUAGUUUUAGGGGAAAGAAGUCGUGGUUUGAUGGCAAAAUGGAACUGGGCAGAAAGGGAAGAAUUUUAAGUGGUCGAGAAAUAUGUCAGAAUCUUAGGAAUUUCAAGAACGAAUUUGGAAACUUGAAACGAUCUGGUAGAAAGAGGAAAAAGCCUGUGUGUACAUCUGUGGGCUCUGAAGUUGAGGAUUUAUCCAGUGAGUCAGAGGAAGAAGAAGAGGAAGAAUUACAAGUAGAUGUGGAGGAGUGA